UCUCGCAGGAACAUCUGAUGCGCACCAUCAUCGUUCAUCACCUUACGUCUAUGCAACUGUCCGUUGGCCACGGGUGGAGACAACAAUGUGAGGUACAUGUGAUACUCAACUAAACAGUUGCAACUUUUGGAUUCUUUCAAUGCACAAUAUUCUCAAACCCUUUCAGGGUCCAUACAUUUUUUUUGGUAGUAGUGGAAUUUUAAUUUUGAGUUAAAAUUCAUUGUAGCCCCACAAUAAGUUUGAAUAAGUUUGAAUGAUAAGAAGCUAAAGAAAACAACUGAACUGAUAGACUGGAAGGCCCAGUUGCUAUAACAUAUCUAUAAAGCUGGGAGACAGCAGCAAGAUGCUGUCCUCUACAGACAUUGAUUCACUGACCAGUGUGAGGAGGAGUCUGGUCCCUCAGACGUCUUAAUGAAGGCACUGCUCWGGCUGAGAACUGAGACUGAGUCCUAAAAGGCGGACAAGUGCGGCACUGUCUCCUCCUGCUGUUGGGUAGCCUUUAUAUUCUGUGUAMUAGGAUCUCCCCAUUGCCCCCUAAAGCCUCAAGAUGGGCCCAUUCUUAGACUUCAACCCUUUUGAUAACCUGCUGUGCAUUCUCUUGGGCAUCUCCUUCACMGUGUGGUUCACCCUACUGCUCGUCUUCAUCAUCGUGCCUGCCAUCUUUGGAGUGUCCUUUGGCAUUCGCCGGCUCUACAUGAAAACCUUACUGAAGAUCUUUGAGUGGGCCACGCAUAGAAUUGAAAGAGGAGCCAAGGACAACAACCAUCUCUUGUACAAGCCCUACUCGAAUGCCAUCAUUGCCAAAGAGCCCACCUCCCUGGAGGAGGAGAUUAAUGAGAUCCGGCGCCGCGGCAGUAACCGGGACCUGGACUCCGCUUCUGCGUUUGAGAUGUCUGACAUCUUCUACUUCUGCCGGCGAGGAGUGGAGAGUAUCAUGGACGACGAGGUGACCAAGAGGUUUUCUGCUGAGGAGCUGGAGUCAUGGAACCUGCUGACCCGUAGCAACUAUAACUUCCAGCACAUCAGCCUGAGGCUGACGGUCCUUUGGGGGCUGGGGGUGGUGAUCCGCUACGGCUUCCUGCUGCCUCUCAGAGUAACUCUUGCCUUCACCGGGGUGGGUCUUCUCGUCGUUCUCACAUCCAUCAUCGGGUUUCUUCCAAAUGGGAGGAUGAAGAACUUCCUCAGUGAGCAGGUGCAUCUGAUGUGUUACCGUAUCUGUGUCAGAGCGCUCACUGCCAUCAUCACCUACCACGACAGUGAAAACAAGCCCAAGAAUGGAGGGAUCUGUGUGGCCAACCACACCUCACCCAUCGACGUCAUCAUCUUGGCCAGUGAUGGCUGCUAUGCAAUGGUUGGGCAAAUCCAUGGUGGUUUGAUGGGCGUAAUCCAGAAGUCUAUGGUGAAAGCCUGUCCACACAUUUGGUUUGAACGCUCUGAAGUCAAAGACCGACAUCUAGUGGCCAAAAGAUUGAGUGAUCAUGUAGAAGACACAACUAAACUUCCUAUUCUCAUUUUCCCCGAAGGCACCUGCAUCAACAACACUUCAGUAAUGAUGUUUAAAAAAGGCAGCUUUGAGAUUGGCUCCACAGUCUACCCUGUGGCCAUCAAGUACGACCCCCGCUUUGGAGAUGCCUUCUGGAACAGCAGCCAGUUUGGGAUGGUCAACUACCUGCUGAGGAUGAUGAGCAGCUGGGCCAUUGUGUGCAGUGUGUGGUACCUGCCACCCAUGACCAGAGAGGAAGGAGAGGAUGCAGUCCAGUUUGCCAGUCGGGUCAAAGCAGCUAUCGCCAGGCAAGGAGGGCUGGUGGACUUGCUAUGGGAUGGCGGUUUAAAGCGAGGGAAAGUAAAAGAUGCAUUCAAAGAGGAGCAACAAAAGUUAUACAGCAAAAUGCUAGUGGGAACCCAAGAGGACCGCAGUCGUUCUUGAAGUCAAACGUACAGAGUAUGAGAUGAUCAGAGACCCACUUGUGGACAACAGAAUGGACUUUCUUCUGCACCCUUAAGGAUUUUUUUGACCUGGAAUACUCCAACCCUCAUGUCAGGAAUUCUUCACUUGGCUUCCUCGGUCAGUGCCUCAGCUUGGCAUAUUAAGUUCUUAUUGCUGUUACAGCCCAUUCUGGGCACUGUCCUCUGUAUCUAAUGAUUUGACAAUGGACUGGCCUCUAGUGCACCAGCCUGUCAUGAUGCUGCACACUAAGAGUUCUCUCACCAUCAGGGAAGAUAACACACUGUCUUUUGAGUGACUAAUAUAUUUAUGACCUUCAUUGAGUUAAUGUAUAUGUUUUGUUUUUAUCCUGUGUCUGUUUAUUGUUAAUAGUAUUAUGACAGUUAUCAUAAUUGUUUUUUAAGUUACAAGUGAUCUGCCAGGGGACGUAGCAGUGCAGCAUAGAGAAGUAUUGGAGAGCUUGUACUGAAGGGGAAAUCUGUGACCAUGUUGUUCCCAACAGACUGAUAUGGCAAGGUACCACGUGAAUGUUUGUAAUACUUUUUUUAAUCGUUUUUUUUUCAAUGAAAACCUUUUAUUUUAAGCAUUGUAUUCACGUGUAAAAUAUAGGAGUUAUGUUAAAGUGGA